AUGGCUCUUCACCACAGCCGCUCUCUUAGCUUCCCAUCUGCAUCACAUCCUGCUGUUUCCCACUUCGAUGAAAACUUAUCAAGAUUGAGAUCUUCGGAGGCUGCUUGCUCCUCCCUCUCAUCAAUCAACGCCACAAUCAGAAGCUCCAACUGUGACAGCCCAUGUUUAAGGGAUUUCGACUUCAGCGGUGAAUCUAUUGAGAUCUUCCGAGACUGCUUGCUCGUCGCUCUCAUCCAUCAACCGCGCUGCAAAUGGCCUCAGAUUGAGAUCGUUUCUGAGGAGUGUGUUGAUGAUUACAUCAGCCUAUUGGAUGCUAGCAGCUCAGUUAAGGAUCUCAUCUCACUCGUGAAGGAAGAUCUACGAGAGCUUCUCUCUGCUGUAAGGAGAAAGGAUGUUCGAGGCAUAAACGGCUACCUUGCUUUAAGAAAGCAGUCGAAGAAAAAGAUCCAAAAGUGUUUGAAGAUGUUAGAAAAUGGAGGUGAUUAUAUAGAGGUUUGA